AUGUCGCACCGCGCCUUAGUAACACUCCCGCCCAUCCUCACUGAGAGGGUGACUAACACCUUGCUCUUUGUGGGGAUGAAGGAGGCUAUCCUCGCCCUUCCUGGCUUCCCGGCCCCUCUCACUUACACCGCACGGAGUUAUGAAUUGCGUUCAAUAAAGGACAAGGGCCUCUGCCUGUUCGCUACUGCCGACUUCGACACGGGCGAUCUCAUCAUAUGUGAGCGCCCGCUGUUUGUCUCGACCGUUGUCCAUCCGUUCUCCUUGCGCCCCGGGGAUCCAUCCGCGAAUGAUGCUAUCGUAGAGCUGCUGUCACGCAUGUGCGAGUAUGAUCGGCUCAUGUUCUACGUGCUCCACAAUUGCAAAGGCAACGAUCGCCCGCGGGAGCAGGGCAUCAUCGACACGAAUGCAAUCAACAUUGGCGCGCUACCUGGGUACGAUGGAGCCUGUGGAGCCGUCUGCAUGGAGAGCUCGCGGAUCAACCACAGCUGCACUCCGAAUGUGAUAUCGCGAUGGGAUCUCUUGGCAUUUACGAUGGAGAUCCGUGCAUUGACGCCGAUUCGCAAGGGAGAGGAAAUCACGAUGUCGUACUUAGAAUUAGAUGAGGCUGCCCCUCGCGCCACUCGCCGGAGGGAGCUGAAGGAAAAGUACAAUUUCUUCUGCACAUGUCCCUCGUGCAGCCUAACCGGCGCUGCGGGCAAGGCCAGCAAUGUUCGGCGUGCAACGAUCCAACGCUUGCAAGAGACAUCCUACGACGACGACGAGCUGGAGAAAUGGAUCAACGAUGCGUCUGCGCCGGAGGACAAGAUCACAAAAGCGUGCCUGUUUGUGCUUGACAUGAUGGAGAAGGAGAAAUACUUCAACGAGAAGGUAUGGGCAGUGCGGUCCCAGCGCUUGUGCAAGGCGUACUGUGCGAUGGAGAAGCUGGAGGAGGCGAAGAAGAGCGCGAUACAGGCGGCGAAGAUCUGGAAGGCUCUCGCAGGAAACGACGGGGGCUGGCUCGCCGUCGCGGAGGCGCCGCAGAAGACGAAAUACUGGGGUUUGCGGACGAAGAAGAUUAGAGAGGCAAAGCGGGCCAAGGCUCAGGAGGCUUGA